CCCCUCCUCCGAGUGCCGUUUCGGUUUAACCUAGUGUGGGAUUGAGUCUUGUGAGGGAGCGAUUGAGUGUGUGAGGUACUGAGGUGAGGCGGAGGCAAGAAAAGGAACUCCCUCAGGAGUGAGGGACAAAGGGUGUGUGAGGCACCUAGGCCGCGGGACCUGAGCGACAGGAAGCCACUCCGAGUCGGGCUACCGGGUAGGAGAAAGGCCCGUGCGGUCCUCAUUGGGCUCCCGAGCCGGAGUCGGCCCCGCAGCCCUGGGCCGUCGGCUUCCUACUUCCUCGACCUCGCCGGCCCCUGUGCCUGAGGAUUGGCGCCCCGUGGGGAGGAGGGCAAACGGACUUGAGCGGCUGCUCGUUGUCUCGCAACGCCACUGCUGAGGAACUCUCGUUUCUUCCCUGGCUCCUUCACCCCUACCUCAUGUAGGAGGGUGCCGAGGAGUCGGGAGGGAGGAGGGGCCUGCGCCGCGGUCCCUUCCCUCCCCACCCCCUACUAGGGGUGCUGUGGUAGGCGUGGGGUUGGGAUUGGGGGGAGGGUGGGGGUUACUUUUUGGAGUGCUGGGGAACUUUUCCCCCUGUUGAAACCAGGGGAAAGGGGAUGCCCAAUCCAGAGAGACAUGGGGGCAAGAAGGACGGGAGCGGAGGAGCUUCUGGAACUUUGCAGCCGUCAUCGGGAGGUGGCAGCUCCAACAGCAGAGAGCGUCACCGCUUGGCGGCGAAGCACAAGCGGCACAAGUCCAAGCACUCCAAAGACAUGGGUUUGGUGACCCCCGAAGCAGCACCUUUGGGGACAGUUAUCAAACCUUUGGUGGAGUAUGAUGACAUCAGCUCUGAUUCAGAUACCUUCUCUGACGACAUGGCCUUCAAAUUAGAUAGGAGGGAGAAUGAUGAACGUCGUGGAACUGAUCGGAGUGACCGCUUGCACAGACAUCGUCACCACCAGCACAGACGUUCCCGGGACUUACUAAAAAGUAAACAGACAGAAAAAGAAAAGAAACAGGAAGUUUCCAGUAAGUCGGGAUCAAUGAAGGACCGGAUAUCAGGAAGUUCAAAGCGUUCAAAUGAGGAGAAUGAUGACUAUGGGAAGGCACAGAUCUCAAAAAGCAGCAGCAACAAGGAAUCCAGGUCAUCCAAACUCCACAAGGAGAAGACUCGGAAAGAACGUGAAUUGAAGUCUGGGCACAAAGACCGGAGUAAAAGUCAUCGGAAAAGGGAAACACCCAAAAGUUACAAGACAGUGGACAGCCCCAAACGGAGAUCCAGGAGUCCCCACAGGAAAUGGUCUGACAGCCCCAAGCAAGAUGAUAGCCCCUCAGGAGCUUCUUAUGGCCAAGAUUAUGACCUUAGUCCUCCAAGAUCUCACACCUCCAGCAAUUAUGACUCCUACAAGAAGAGUCCUGGAAGCACCUCAAGAAGGCAGUCUAUUAGUCCACCUUACAAGGAGCCUUCGGCCUACCAGUCCAGCACCCGGUCACCCAGUCCCUACAGUAGACGACAGAGAUCUGUGAGUCCCUAUAGCCGGAGACGUUCCUCAAGCUAUGAAAGGAGUGGCUCUUACAGUGGGAGAUCACCCAGUCCCUAUGGUCGACGGCGAUCCAGCAGCCCUUUCACCAGCAAACGGUCUCUGAGUCGGAGUCCGCUCCCCAGGAAGUCCAUGAAGUCUAGAAGUAGAAGUCCUGCAUAUUCAAGACAUUCAUCUUCUCAUAGUAAAAAGAAGAGAUCCGGGUCACGUAGUCGACAUUCCAGUAUCUCACCUGUCCGACUUCCAUUGAACUCCAGCUUGGGAGCUGAACUCAGUAGGAAAAAGAAGGAAAGAGCAGCUGCUGCAGCAGCAGCAAAAAUGGAUGGAAAGGAAUCCAAGGGUUCACCUAUUAUUUUGACUAGAAAAGAGAACAGUUCAGUAGAAGCUAAGGAUUCAGGUUUGGAGUCUAAAAAGUUACCCAGAGUUUUAAAAUUGGAAAAAUCUGCCCCAGAUACUGAACUAGUGAAUGUAACACAUCUAAACAUAGAAGCCAAAAAUUCUUUAGAUACAGGGAAAGUAAAGGUGGAUGAGAACUCUGAAAAGCAUCCUGUUCUUAAAGAUUUGAAAGUACAGGGAUCAAGAGACACUAAACCCAUGGCAUUGAAGGAGGAGAUUGUUACUCCAAAAGAGACAGAGACAACAGAAAAGGAGACCCUUCCACCUCUCCCCACAGUUACUUCUCCUCCACCUCCUUUACCAACUACUACCCCUCCACCUCAAACCCCCCCUUUGCCACCUUUGCCUCCACUACCAGCUAUUCCACAGCAACCACCUCUGCCUCCUCCCCAGCCAGCGUUUAGUCAGGUUCCUGCUUCUAGUCCUUCAACUUUGCCCCCUUCUGCCCACUCAAGGACGUCUACUCUGUCCUCUCAGGCAAAUUCUCAGCCCUCUGUACAGGUUUCUAUGAAGACUCAAGUGUCUGUAACAGCUGCUAUUCCACACCUAAAAACGUCAACGUUGCCUCCUCUGCCCCUUCCACCCUUAUUACUUGGAGAAGAUGACAUGGAUAGUCCAAAAGAAACUCUGCCUUCAAAACCCGUAAAGAAAGAGAAGGAACAAAGGCCACGUCACUUACUCACGGACCUCCCUCUCCCUCCAGAACUCCCUGGUGGGGAUCCAUCUCCACCUGACUCUCCAGAACCAAAGGCAAUCACACCACCUCAGCAACCAUAUAAAAAGAGACCAAAAAUUUGUUGUCCUCGUUAUGGAGAAAGAAGACAGACAGAAAGUGAUUGGGGGAAACGCUGUGUGGACAAGUUUGACAUUAUUGGGAUUAUUGGAGAGGGAACCUAUGGCCAAGUAUAUAAAGCCAAGGACAAAGACACAGGAGAGCUAGUGGCCCUGAAGAAGGUGAGACUAGACAAUGAGAAAGAAGGCUUCCCAAUCACAGCCAUUCGUGAGAUCAAAAUCCUUCGGCAGCUAAUCCACCGAAGUGUUGUUAACAUGAAGGAAAUUGUCACAGAUAAACAAGAUGCACUGGAUUUCAAGAAGGACAAAGGUGCCUUUUAUCUUGUAUUUGAGUAUAUGGACCAUGACUUAAUGGGACUGCUAGAAUCUGGUUUGGUGCACUUUUCUGAGGAUCAUAUCAAGUCAUUCAUGAAACAACUAAUGGAAGGAUUGGAUUACUGUCACAAAAAGAAUUUCCUGCAUCGGGAUAUUAAAUGUUCUAACAUUUUGCUGAACAACAGUGGGCAAAUCAAGCUAGCAGAUUUUGGACUUGCUCGGCUCUAUAACUCUGAAGAGAGUCGCCCUUAUACAAACAAAGUCAUUACUCUGUGGUACCGACCUCCAGAACUUCUGCUGGGAGAGGAGCGUUACACACCAGCCAUAGAUGUUUGGAGCUGUGGAUGCAUCCUUGGGGAACUGUUCACAAAGAAGCCUAUUUUUCAAGCUAAUCUGGAGCUGGCGCAACUAGAACUGAUCAGUCGACUCUGUGGUAGCCCUUGUCCAGCUGUGUGGCCUGAUGUUAUCAAGCUGCCUUACUUCAAUACCAUGAAACCGAAGAAGCAAUAUAGAAGGCGUCUACGAGAAGAAUUCUCUUUCAUUCCUUCAGCAGCACUUGAUUUACUGGACCACAUGCUGACACUAGAUCCUAGCAAACGUUGCACAGCUGAGCAGACCCUACAGAGUGACUUCCUUAAAGAUGUCGACCCCAGCAAAAUGGAUCCUCCAGACCUCCCCCACUGGCAGGAUUGUCAUGAAUUAUGGAGUAAGAAACGGCGACGGCAGCGACAAAGUGGUGUUGUGGUAGAAGAGCCACCUCCAUCCAAAGCCUCUCGAAAAGAAACUACCUCAGGGACAGGUGCUGAGCCUGUGAAGAACAAUAGCCCAGCACCACCACAGCCUGCUCCUGUCAAGGUGGAGCCUGUGGCUGGGGAUACAAUAGGCCUCGGUGACAUCACACAACAAUUGAAUCAAAGUGAAUUGGCAGUAUUAUUAAAUCUGCUGCAGAGCCAAACUGACCUGAGCAUCCCUCAAAUGGUACAGCUGCUUAACAUCCACUCCAACCCUGAGAUACAGCAGCAGCUGGAGGCCCUGAACCAAUCUAUCAGUGCCCUAACAGAAGCCACUUCCCAGCAGCAGGACUCAGAACCCAUGGCCCCAGAGGAAUCUGUGAAGGAGGCACCCCCAGCUUCAGUGGUCCAGCCUUCAGCAGAACAGAAGACCCCUGAAGCUUCGAGCACACCAGCUGACAUGCAGAAUAUGUUGGCAGUUAUCUUGAGUCAGCUGAUGAAAACCCAGGAGCCAGCAGGCAACCUGGAGGAAAACAACAGUGACAAGAACAGUGGGCUACAGGGGCCCCGAAGAACUCCCACAAUGCCACAGGAGGAGGCAGCAGAUGGUGUUAAAAGAAGUAACCCUUCCACAGCAUGUCCUCCUCACAUUCUUCCACCAGAGAAGAGGCCCCCUGAGCCCCCCGGACCUCCACCGCCGCCACCUCCACCCCCUCUGGUUGAAGGCGAUCUUUCCAGCGUCCCCCAGGAGUUGAACCCAGCCGUGACAGCCGCCUUGCUGCAACUUUUAUCCCAGCCUGAAGCAGAGCCUCCUGGCCACCUGCCACAUGAGCACCAGGCCUUGAGACCAAUGGAAUACUCUACCCGACCCCAUCCCAACAGGACUUAUGGAAACACUGAUGGGCCUGAAACAGGGUUCAGUGCCACUGACACUGAUGAACGCAACUCUGGUCCAGCCUUGACAGAAUCCUUGGCCCAGACCCUGGUGAAGAACAGGACCUUCUCAGGCUCUGUGAGCCACCUUGGGGAGUCCAGCAGUUACCAGGGUACAGGGUGGCUGUAGCAGCAGGAGGGAUGGCCCCUGAGGAAUUUGGCGAAGUCCAUCAGUCACCUGAUAACCGGAGCCCUGGCAAAUUCAGUGUCUUUCACAGACUCAAGCCAGGUUAGAUGGGAGAUCACCCAUCCAAACACUGUGCUAGACACUGGAAGGAGAGGCCUACAGGCUGCUUCUCUCCAUCCUCAAGGCCCAGAACUGGGCAGGUCACCAGCUUCCAGUACUCACCUCCACCUUCCUGCUGCCAGGCCAGCUUGGCAGUGUGCAUCUUCGCCAUCCUUUCUGAAUCAGGGGAAUGAUAGGGUGCUGUAUUUGAGAUCACAACAGCAGGAAGGGGCCAGAAGAUGGACCAAGAGAACCAGCCAUGCCUUUGAGCACAGCGCCAGAGGCCUCCUUGUUUCAGCAAAGCCCUCCUUAUCAUCCACCUCCCUUCAUUCAACUCCACUCCUGGCCAUUGCAUCCCCUCCAAUCUAAGGACGUGAUGGAAAGUUCCACGAGGACAAAGACCACGUCUGUCUGUGUUCACCGGUGUGCUCCCAUUGCCCAGCACAGUGCCUGGCAUAAAGCAGCUGUUUGGAAACAAGAAGAGAAGGCCCAGAGCAGAGAAGAGGGAAGGUGGAAUUCCAAGAAGACGCUCAUGUGCAACAUGCAGUUGUGUGGACUGGGAUAUGUGCACACAGCUGUGCAUGCAGGUCAGGAUGUUUGCUGAGGCACGCUGUAGCACAUGUGUACACAGCCCACACAUCACCUAUGUAUGGAGAGAAAUUAUUCAUAUAUGCAGGGCAGUCUUUCUUCCCAUAUCCAGGCCCCUGUCCCAACCACAGCAAGCUGGUUUCUGUAAGUUGCUAGCUUGAGCUGUGCUCCAGGUUUUCCCAUAAAUCCUAAUGCACUAACAUUCCCAGCUCCUGGCAUCUACCUUGAGUCAGCCAUGGUGGUGACAGAGCCCCACAGCAACUCUGGGGCACUUAAACUCAUUUUGUGCAUUGUUGUGGCUACAGUAUGGUGCCUUCUCAGAUGGCCAUCAGAUGACAGGCUCCGACCUCUCAUCUGGGAGAGGUAGCCUUGCUUUCAGAGGGAAGAAUGGGCUAAUGGGAGGUGAGAGAGGCAGAAGCUGUACCUGGCUGUUACCCCCUUUGCUCUUUAUCUGUCUCCAGGAAACAGAUGGCCCCUCAUUAUAAAAAAACAUAUAUUGUGCCCUAGCCGCUUGCUCAGUGGUUAGAGCGUCAUCAUGUGGACCUAGGGGUCGAGGGUUUGAUUCCUUGUCAAGGGCACGUACCUUGGCUGCAGUUUUGAUUCCUGGCCCUGUCAGGGCACAUGCAGGAGGCAAGCAAUCGAUGUCUCUCUCUCUCUCUGCCUCCCUUCUUCCCUCUCCUCCCCUCCUUCUUCCCUUCCUCUCUCUCUAAAAAUCAAUGGAAGAAAAUAUCCUCUGGUAAGGAUUAAAAAAAGAAGAAGAAAACAUAUAUUGAGUGCCUACCCUCAAGGAGACAAUGUGCUUAGUUUAGCACAGUGCCUCACAAUUUUCUGGGCUGGGUCGGUGACAGCCCUAAGAAUCUGGAUGUGCUAUCUCCAUCGGACAAUCCACAAUAACUUGCAUGGCAACCUCAACCUCACCUAUGUAAGCUGCCAAAGAAUGCUCCUUGACCUUCCCCAGGAUUCCUCCUCCCUCAAAGAAGGAGCCAGCUCCUUUAUGGGUUGGUAUGGCUGCCAGCCAAGAGGCUUGGGGCAGGCCUGGGGCAUGCAGCUGGCAGCUGCCCACCAGAUCCCCAAGGAACACCUUCCUCCCCCACUCCAUCGCCCCAUUCAGAUGGCCCCUGGGCUGCAGGGAGUUAGAGCUCCCUGCUCCCCAUUUCCAGAGUAAACCUCAAGCUAGAAAGCCCAUCAUCUUCCUUUCCACUGUAACCUAUUUCAAGAUCCUCCACACAGAUACUUCUCCCAGGCAGGACCAAAAAGUUAAUACAGUAGGGUUGGGCUGGGACUAGGUAAGGGGCCUUGAGGAGUGAGACAGGGGCUAGAAUUAUGGGAGAAGUUCCUGAGGUCAAGAGAUGGAUGAGGAAGAACUCAAUGGCUGUGAGAUAAGAUGGCAGGUGGGGGUGGAGACAUGAAGUAAAGGGGCUGAGUGAAUCUGCCUCUCAUCUAAUUAGCAACAUGUAAAUAAUAUGCAAAUAACCCCCUCUUUGUUUAGAGACCACAGGGUCUGUGCUUUUUGGAAGUGGCUACAGAGGGUCCACCAAGCAGUAUCUCUGAGAUCCUCAGACAUGGGGUAUUCAGGCUCAACAUAGACGCCAUGGUGCAACCAUCGGGUUGUAGCUUAUUCCCUGGAUGGACUCAGUUUCUGUAGGCCUCAGUUUCCCUAUGUGUGAGAUGGACUGGAUGGACUCCAAGGCUUCUAUCUAGUACUGACAGUCUGGGGUUCUCUGAUCAGAGGCCCAGCCAGGGGAAUUAAUGCCAUUCUGGGGUGGAAACUACUUAACUCUCUUGCCCCUGCUGUCCAUCUUGGCAGUUCAGUCAUGGUACCCCCCACAUCCCCAUGCACCUGCCUUCCGAACAUGUGAACAUUUUCCUGAAGGCAAUGUGCUCCCCUACUCAAUGCCUUUACCCCACUGUUUCCUCUGCUAGGAAUAUCCUUCCCACUUUAGUCCCUUACCUGGCUAACUCCUUCUCUAACUCCAAGAGCCUUACCUACCUUAUCCUUCCACCUUUUGGACAUCCCUAUGUAUUAUUUCCUUGUAUUAUUUCCCACUAGACUGUGAAUUCCUAAAGAGCAGGUACUAGGUUUUGUUCAAGAUGGACUCUCCACCCUGGCCUGGUAGUUCCGUUGGUUAGAACAUCAUCCUGAUACACCAAGGUUGCGAGUUUGAUCCCCAGUUAGGGCACAUACAAGAGUCAACCAAUGAAUGCAUAAAUAAGUGGAACAACAAAUCUCCCUCCCUUUCCCUCUUUCUCUCUCUCCCUUCUCCUUUCCUUGCUUCUUCCCUCUCUCUCAAAUCAAUAAUAGUAA